GACCAAAUUCGAAUGUUACGAACAGCUGAUUAGAACAACAACAGCACGUGGGAAUCAGCUGUUAUUAGAUAAUCCUCUCAUAGAAGAAGAAGAAGAAGAUCAAAAAGUAGAAAAAAAGAAGAAAGGAGAAAGAAGAAAGAAAAUAGAUCCAGGGGAUAUAGACUAGAAAAUAGUCCAAAACCCUAUAAAAGAAGAAAGAAGAAGAAGAAUCCUCUCAUAGAAUAGCGGGAAUCAGCUGUUUGCAAGAUAAUCCUCUCGUAGAAUAGUACAGUUACUACAUUUUAAGAUACACAAAAAUAUUCUUAAGGAAAACGAAACUAAUAGAAAUAAUAUAAAUAAAAAAAAGAAGAAAGAAGAAAGAAAAUAGAUCCAGGGGAUAUAGACUAGACAAUAGUCUAAAACCCUAUAAAAGAAGAAAGAAGAAUAGUACAGUACUAUAAUCGAAGUGUGACUUUGAGAGUAGUAGGACCCUUACCGGACUUUUGAUAUGUGAGCAGCAGUCUCUUAUCUGAACUGGAUAUUAGUUGUUCAUAGACAAAUAAGUGAAGAAAUGUCUAAACUAGCCCGGAGAUUUGGCCGUGUGGUCCUUGGAAUAUCAGGAGGAGUGGAUAGUGCAGUUUCUGCACUGUUGUUGAAAAGAAGAGGAUAUGAAGUCAUCGGUGUCUUCAUGCGGAACUGGGAUGAAAAAGAUGAAAAGGGACACUGUACAACAGAUACUGAAGCUGAAGAUGCAGAAUGGGUGUGCCGCAAAUUAGACAUACCAUUCCAUGAAGUUAACUUUGUGAAAGAAUAUUGGAAUGAUGUAUUCUUAUACAUGAUAGAGGAGUACAAGACAGGUUUUACACCAAAUCCAGAUAUCUUGUGCAACAGGCAUGUCAAAUUUUCCCCAUUUCUGAAGCAUGCCCAAGAACAUUUGAAUUCUGAAAUCAUUGCUACGGGCCACUAUGCACGAACAUCAUUUGGUGAAGAUAUGGAGUAUUAUAAUCCCCAAAAAGGAGCGAAGCUUAUGCAGGCUAUUGAUCGACUGAAGGAUCAGACUUUUUUUCUCAGUCAGAUUCCACAGAGGUCUUUGCAGCAAACAAUGUUUCCCUUAGGGGAAUAUAAUAAGGCUGUUGUUCGCAAGAUAGCUGCAGCUGCUAAUCUUGACCGAGUGGCUCAGAAAAGGGAUUCUACAGGCAUCUGCUUUAUAGGUUCAAGAGACUUCCAGGAUUUCAUAUCUGAGUAUAUUGAAGACAACCCUGGCAAUUUUGUAGAUAUUGACACAAGAGAAAUUGUAGGAACACACAAGGGAAUACAUCAGUGGACAGUAGGUCAAAGAUGUCACCUAGGAGGAAAACGCAAAGCAUACUUUAUAGCAGAAAAAAAUGUUGCAGCAAAUGAUAUUUUGGUUGUUGCAGGCAGUGAUCACCCAGCACUAUUUACAUCUACAGUUUUCACAGAGCCAAUUCACUGGGUACAUAGACCACCCUCACAAAUUUUUUCAGAGGGGCAUUUAGACUGUAUGUUUCGCUUUCAAAAUACUGCUCCCUUACUGCAAUGUGUACUAACAACACAUGAUGUUAACCCUUGGCAUCGUUCGCCAACACAAAAUAAUAUGGUCGUCAGCCUUGCAAAACCUCUACGAGCUAUUACGCCUGGUCAGGUAAGAAAUAUAUAUCUUUAUGCAAACAUAUGCGUAUUUGCAAACAUGCACAUAUCCAUCUGCAUGCAGUUACACUUGCACAUUUACCUAUACGUACAUCCACUCCUACAAAUACAUUUAUCAUACGUGACUUAA